CGCGUCGAGCAGGGAGAGCACAGAGCAUGAUUCAGUGUCUACAUGAACUGUCUCCGUCUGCAUGUGUCUCACUGCCGCUUUUCUGAGCACGAGGAACUCUACGAGGAGAGCCGAUACAGAGUUAUCGAUUAGUUUAUUGAGUUUGAUUUAAUGACAGUUGGUCGAGUUUAGUGUGAACGUGCGGGAUAGCAGACUUCACCUGACCCGGUGUGUUUGAAAACACCACCAAACUCUGCAGUUCACCUGAGACGCACGAGGACAUCGUUUGCAUGAAACUGUGGCCAGAUAAAAGCAGUGGAUGCAACUACGCUCCGUCUGUGGAAGAAAGGUGGAAAAGUGGGAGAGGCUCUAAAGACGACCAGCUGGCCACCGGCAGAUACACCUCAGCUAAAAUUUCCUCCAAACCCAGCCUGAAGCGCACCAUGUCUCUCAGCACGUUUCACCUCAUGCAGACUCUUAAGAACUCUCCAGCUGCGCUACGUCGCCGCUUUCGCCGCGACCGCACAGAGUCUUUAUCCCACGGUGAUCCUCUCUUCAAGGUCCACUACCUGGGCACGGAGAAAAUCUUCUCUCUGGAUCGAGAGCAGGCUCAGGACGCUAUCAGCCACUUGCUGGAAGGUAUCGCUAACGGGAAGAAGCUGAGCAAAGAUCACGCCCUGGUGGUGCGCCCGAGAUACGUAGAGGUCAAGGAGCUGAGCACAGGUCGGCAGCUCACCAAGACGUACCUUCAGGACAUUGCGUACUGUGCGGCGGACGCAAACCGGCCCAACGUCUUCUUGUACAUCUGCAAACAUCAAGGGCAGCAGCUGCAGUGUCGGGUGUUCUGGUGCAGCCGGGCGGAGCGGGCACGAGACAUGACAGCUUGUCUGGCACAUUCUUUCCAGCGGGCGCUGAGCGACUGGCAGCAGAAUGGCUCGGCCACGCUGCAGCCAGGAGAGGGAAAGGGGAAACGCGCGGAGGAGUCGUCCAACUCUCCCGCUAACAACAAGAGCUCCACGCUGCCUGCCAGUCUGGGAAAAGUUCGCUGGAAGAAGAGGGGCUCUGUGUCUCGCAGCCCCCUGAGAGCCAUCACCAGAAGAGGAUCUGCCUCUGACAGCUGGAACUGAACUCCCGCCACUUUAACCCCUCAAACAUGGGACCACAUUAACCUGAAGACAACCUCAAGGAUGACGGCACUGAUGGGAGGGAGGGUGAUUACAGGACAGACGGGAGGACAAAGGGACUGAAACUGGGAGGUGUGAAAGGUCCAUAUUUGGAUGAAUGAGGACUCUGCUUGUGAGAGGGUGUCGCCUGAAUCAGUGAACGUAUGGACUUGAAGGUUUUUCACGCAGCAGAGUUGACGGUUGCAAGAGUGAUGUCCGAUGUAGCACAACAUGCUGUCGACAGCUGCCUUUGUUCGCCUGUCAGCAGCUCUGUGACUGGCUGCGAGCCGUUUGUGGACCGGGCUGGUUCGUUUCCGUAACUCUUUCAUUUUUGGUCGGCUUGUUUGCUUUGAAGUAGUCUGCUUGAUACUGAAGCCACCGAAGAGUUUGGUCUGCUGGAAGCAGAUAAUUAAACUAGCAACAACAGCAGCUGUCGGCCAAAUGAUCCACAGAUGAUGACUAAAAACUGGAAAGAGGCAAAGAGCUUUAUCUUUUUUGUUUUUAGAAGGCGGAUUUUUAUUUAACUGACAUAUGUGACAGGUCAUGAUGAUUUUAUGUUAUUAUUUUAACCCUGUGGCACUAGGAUGUUUAUCUUUUUAUUUUUGAAUCAGAUGGACUAAACCAUGAAACCUUUUUUAAUCUACGUUGUGAGAGUUUUGGCCGAGAUUACAAACAGAUGUAAAGAUAGAGAGGGAAAAUGCAGGCAUGCUAUAAAAACGUCAAGUACAUUUAAUUACAGUUUUUAAUGUAGGGAAGCAUAAUGCAUUCAUUUGAGAAAAAAAUUGCCCCUUUUUUAUUUCAUAAUUCUGAGAUUUCAUGGAAAAAUAAUGCUCAUUUUUUUCUGACUUAACCAAGUAAUUAUCUUAUUAAUUAAGAAAAAUGAGAAUUACUGAGAUUAAGACACUAUCUCAGAAUUUAAAAAAAAUGAAUGGGAAUAUUUUCAGCUUUUUUUU